AUGAGUGUAAGAUCGGUAUUAAAUAAUUUCAACAAGGGUUUUUUGAUUUGCGGUUUUGGUAGUAUAAACUACAGCCAGAGCAAUUUUAAAAUGUCUGUGGUGUUUUAUAUCUUACGAUGUAUAUUAAUUUGUACUAAUUUGUAUGCCUGCUUCAGGAUCAACCUAUUGUUCAUAAAAGUUGACCAGGAAUUGUCUGAACUCACUUCUUUAAUAUAUAUUGGUUGUUUCGAAAUAUACUUAAUUGGAAAUAUCAUAUGUUAUUUUUGGAGAGUAUUCGUCGAUAAUCAGCUUUCUAUGGUAUUGAAUAAACUUGGAGCAAUUCACGAAAAAUUGAUACGUCUGAAAGUGGUCGGCCCGAUGAAAAUAAAAAUGAAUUGUUAUUUCAUUAUUGGUAUUAUUGUAUAUGUCAUAGGAUAUAUUAUAACUCCGCUCGUAUGGAUAUUAUUUCAAAACCAAUUUGAAAUAGAUCCUAUGGUUUCUUUCAUUGGUAUAACAUUUUUUGAAUUCGUUAUAUUUAACGAAUACAUACUUCUAAUAUUAUACAUUAAGUGGAUAGUCUACGUAAUAAAUGAACAAAUUCCGGAAAGAAGAUCAUGCUUAAGUACAUUCAGGGACAUGUAUUUAGAAGUUAUGGAAUGCUUACAUCAAAUCAAUACAUCAAUAAAUGGUUUGCCAGCUAUUUUUUUUAUUGCAGCAAAUGUCGGUGACAUCAUUUUUACUAUAUACGCUUGCAUAUUAUUCCCUAGAGCCUAUAUGAAUGAUCCAUAUUUUAUUUUUUCUUCUAUAUACUUCUCAAUGAAAAUAGUCAAACUUCUAAUGUUGUACGUGAUCGGUGACGCUACGGAAAACGAGAUAAAUCGGGUGAGUGAUGUCUUACAUCAACGAUCCGUAAUAGAAAAAAACCCUAGAAUUAAACGUCAGAUCAAAAUUUUUUUACUACGAAAAUUGCACGAACACUAUAAUUUCGAGCUGUAUGGAAUAUGUCAUAUUAAUCUAAGACAACUACAUAGUUUGUCAAGCAAAGCAAUUGGUUAUUUAGUAAUUCAAAUAUUGUUCAAAUUGAAUAAAUAA